UUUAUAAACCUGUUAAGAUUAAACUUUGACUGAAGACUACAAAUGUUAAAAAAUUCGAUCAUUGUAAUUAUGAUAAACACGAUAAAAAUCCACCAGCUCCUCGCAAUUGAGAACAAGGUUCUCAUCUACGUCACAAGAUUCUAUGGCAGUAAAAUGAUCGGGAGCAGAAAAUCUGAACAAUUUGUUGCCAACGUUUCCUAUCCAGAUGAUUACCGAUCUACCCUAACCGAAAUCAAGUUAAGAUUUGUCAAUUACGUGGAAAAAUAUCUUGUUCUAUCAAUCUACUAGGGUGUAGUUAAAAAGUACUGAAUACUGGAUGGCAUGCUGUUUAUAAAGUGAUUUAUUUUAUAUCGCAUUAUUAUCUUUAUAUGGAACGUACAUAAAUACAAAUAUUUACACAGUGUUGUGCUAAUAACAUGGACAUCAAAUACAUCAUAUAAAAAAGAAACGGAAUAAUUAUGUUACCACCCAGAUAUUUGUAAUAUCAGCGAUUUUCUUGGGAAAGAACGAUUGUGUGAAGAACAUUGAAAUCUAAUUUCCUUGAAAUGAUGAUGGAGCUGAGUCAUAGUUUGACCCUCAAUGAGGAUGCCCUUAAUCAAAUCCCAGAGGCCAAACGACCUGUUUUUAUAUUUGAAUGGUUACGAUUUUUGGACAAGGUUUUAAUAGCUGCACAAAAGAAUGACAUUAAAGGAUGUCAGCAAAAACUAGUAGAACAGUUAACUAAACACAUGCAAGGUGCUCCUGGUCCUCCUACGCGAAGACUUAUCGCAAGAUGUCUUGCUACCUUGUUCAGUGUUGGUGAUACCUUUUUGCUCUUUGAUACUGUUAAUAAAUGUAAUGAUAUUUUGAGAAAUAAAGAUGACUCUCCAAGUUUCCUUCCAACAAAAUUAGCUGCUAUAUGUUGUGUUGGAUGUAUGUAUGAAAAGUUAGGAAGGAUGAUGGGCAGAUCAUACGAAGAAACUGUACAGAUUUUAAUAAAGUCUUUACGUUCUGCAGAAUCGCAAACAAGGAUCGAGGUCAUGCAUACUUUAGAGAAGGUUUGUGCUGGUAUGGGAUCUGCGAUUACAAACGUUCAUAAAGAAAUCUAUAAAGUUUCUAGACAUUAUCUGACAGAUAGAGUAAUGGCUGUAAGGUGUGCUGCUGCAAAGUGUUUAUUAGAAAUGUUAAACCAUGCACCAUUUUUAUAUACCACUGAAAUCGAAAGUGUAGCCACGCUUUGUUUCCGAGCCUUCGAAGGUUCGAAUUACGAGGUGAGAUGCGCUGUUGCAAAAUUGCUUGGUACUCUUGUAGCGAUGACCCAACUUCCAGCACCAAAAAGCAAAAAUCCUUCAGUUACGCAAAACAAGAAUGCUAAACAAAUCUCACUCGACGAGGUGCUGAACAUUUUAAUGUCCGGAUUUCUAAGAGGCGGAGUGGGCUUUUUGAAAGGUACUGGAGAAAUAAUAAAGGGGAGUUCCAGUGUGAAUAGAGAAGUCCGAGUUGGUGUUACGCACGCGUACGUUGUAUUUGUCCAAAUGUUAGGUGGUUCGUGGCUUGAACGCAACGUCGGUGCAUUGGUUGCACACGUACUCGAUCUUGUAACAAACCCGAAAGCAGCAAGUUCGCACGUUGAUGCUGUUUAUUCUAGGAAAUGUGUUAACUUUAUAUUACACGGUACCAUAGGGAAACUGUUGGGUGAAGGAGCUCAAGCCGCUGCGUGUAAAGAAAUAGCACACAUUAUUUUGAAACAAAUGAAUUCCAUUGACUUCAGCCCAGAGAACGCCAAGGAUUGCAAUCAGGAAACAUUAUUUAGUCAGCACUUGUUAGUUUGUGCACUGCAAGAAAUGGGCAAUUUGAUCUUAGGACUUGGCACCACAGCUUGUAAUUUAUUGUCUGAUCAAUCUUUAAGCUUGAUCGACACAGUUAUGGCUGUUUUGGUCCACCCUUGUCAGGCAGCUAGACUUGCAGCGUCUUGGUGCUUACGUUGUAUCUGUGUGGCAGUUCCCAGUCAGAUAACACCUCUAAUCGAUCGAUGUGUUGAGAAUAUUGAAAAUAUGCGUAGUUCACCGGAAGCAAUAGCUGGAUAUAGUAGUGCAUUAGCCGCAGUUCUUGGUAGCGUUCGUUUAUCACCACUUGGAGUUCCCCACACGAAAGGAAAAAUUAUUUUCAAUACGGCAGAAGAACUUUUGAGAAGCGCAAGUCAAAACAGUCGUUUGUCCUUAAAUAGAACUCAUGCUGGAUGGCUUUUGAUCGGAGCUAUAAUGACUCUAGGAACAGCGGUAGUGAAAGGUUUAUUACCUAGGAUGUUAUUGUUAUGGAGAAAUUCUUUCCCUCGCUCGAACAAAGAACUCGAGAGCGAAAAAGCCAGAGGCGAUGCUUUCACGUGGCAAGUAACUUUAGAAGGUCGAGCCGGAGCACUAUCGGCAAUGCACAGCUUUCUUUUGCAUUGCCCAGAACUUUUAAAUGACGAUAUUACGAGACGACUUCUAACACCGAUUGAGUCUGCCUUGGCAAUGUUAACAAAUUUAUCGCCUGUAUUAAAAAAUUAUGGUCAACAACUGAAAGCUCCAGCUGCAAUGGUUCGAUUGCGCUUAUACGAAACUCUACUAUUAUUACCACCUCAAACUUUUGAAGGUUCAUACACGCAUUUGCUAAGGAUGUUAGUAUCUGAGUUUACGUUGACCGAGAAUCCCGGGAACACUACGACUUCUUUACUACGCGCAGUUUGUCAUGCUAACGAUUCUGUAAUCCUCGGUACUUGGUUGCAAGAGACUGAUCAUCGCACAAUAGAAGAUCAAAUGGAACCAAACAGAAGGGCGGAUUUGGAACAUCUACAACCAAACAGUGCUGCAGGAUCUGGAGCUUUGGAACAUAAUCCCUGUUGCCUUUACAGACCAGUACCACAAGAUGAAAUAAUUCCUGGCCCUUUGCCGCUAGGAGUUGCUGUUAUCGAUCUUUCUGUAUCAUUGUUUGGUCAAAUUUUCCCACGUGUGGCGAACAAGCAUAGGUUGCAGAUGUUAGAUCACUUCGGUGAAUGCAUAAAGCAUACGAAAUCAGGCAGGCAAGAGGCAAUACAGAUGAACGUUUUCACGGCUGUGCUAAGCGGAUUGAAGGGUCUUAACGAAGCGAAAACUGGAUUUGGUCAAGAAGAUGUCAAAAAAUCUGCAACUAAUCUCAUUAUUAGUGCGUUAGUAAGUAGUAACUCGAUACUGAGGUGGGCAGCGGGAGAAGCUGUUGGAAGAAUGGCUCAAGUGAUUUCCGAUCCCAAAUUCACGGCAGAAUUAGCACAAACAAGUUUCGAUCGUUUAAAAUCUGCUCGCGAUGUAGCUAGUAGGACCGGUCAUUCUCUAGCGUUGGGCUGCCUUCACAAAUACGUGGGUGGAAUGGGAUCUAGUCAACAUCUCAACACGAGUGUUAGCAUUUUACUUGCACUCGCACAAGAUAAUUCUUCUCCUGUAGUACAAGUAUGGGCAUUACAUGCUCUCGCGCUUAUAGCUGAUUCCGGCGGACCGAUGUUCCGAGGCUAUGUUGAACCUUCAUUGUCCUUAGCGUUAACUCUUCUUCUUAAUGUUCCUCAUUCAUACAUCGAUGUUCAUCAAUGCAUAGGCAAAGUGUUAUCAGCUCUGAUUACAACGAUAGGUCCAGAACUACAAGGAAACACGUCGUCUAUUUGUAUGGCACGUUCAUCGUUUCUUUGUGCUUGCGCGAUUAUGCAAGACCAUCAGGAUCCGCUCGUGCAGGCAGAAGCUACGGGGUGUCUUCAACAGUUGCAUUUAUUUGCACCGAGACACGUCAAUUUGUCCUCCCUUGUUCCUACAUUAUGCCGAACUCUAUCCAGUAAUCAUCUUCUCCUGCGUAAAGCUGCGAUAUCCUGUCUUCGACAACUUGCCCAAAGAGAAGCGAAGGAAGUGUGCGAGCAUGCAAUGACACUGGCCAACGAAAGUCGCGAUACUAAUGUAGUAGAAGGUCUCGUCAUAACAGAAACUGGUCUUCCGGGUGUCCUGUUCAGCAUGUUGGACACAGAAACUGAUAGCAAAUUAAUUAAAGAUAUUCACGACACAUUAACCAGUAUGCUGCAAAUCUUAGCAGCUGACAAUUUAUCGCAGUGGCUUUCUUUAUGCAAGGACGUUCUUACAAUAGCUUCAGAAACAAAUAAUGAAGAUGGAAAUGCUAUAAACGUUGAAGACAGUACUGCAGAUAAUGAUAAUGCGGAUACGGAAGGCGAUGAUGAUCAAGUCGAGUUCCACGCCGAUGAAUCUACGAAACAACGACUUACUAUCACCCCGCGAUGGCCAACUAGAGUUUUCGCAGCACAAUGCGUUAGAAAAAUAGUUGCCGCUUGCGUGAACAACAAGCAAGCACACUUUGAUCUUGCCUUAGCUAAGGAGCUCCAAGUAUCAAAAGGAAAAAAUGAUUUCUUGGUACUGCAUCUUUCCGAUUUAGUGCGAAUGGCAUUUAUGGCUGCAACAAGUGACUGCGAUCCAUUGCGACUCGAAGGACUGAAGACCUUACAAGAAAUCAUAGACAAAUUUGCUAAAGUUCCUGAGCCAGAAUUUCCUGGUCAUUUAUUACUUGAACAAUUCCAAGCACAAGUCGGAGCUGCCUUGAGGCCUGCGUUUUCGGCAGAAACAGCGUCGCACGUUACAGCUGCAGCGUGCGAGGCAUGCAGUGCUUGGAUCGGAAGCGGAGUCGCUAGAGAUUUGAACGAUCUCCGUAGAGUACAUCAGCUCCUUGUGUCUUCUUUGGAGAAAUUAAGAGAGGGACAUACGCGACCGCAACUUUAUAACGAGAGCUUGUUAACGCUCGAAAGAUUAGCGAUUUUGAAGGCCUGGGCAGAAGUGUACGUGGUUGCUAUGAUAAAAGAUGGUUCUGCCUUGAACAGCAAGGACACGUUCAAUCAAAAUUCGAACCAAACCGAUGACGAUAACUCUGAAGAUUUUGGCAAAUUCGAAUUCCAGACCGAAAGCUUAUUGAGCUUAGUGCAACCGGAGUUACUGAGUUUAAGUCAAUAUUGGUUGGCAGCCUUAAGAGAUCAUGCGUUACUUUCGUUACCUCCAGAAUUUUCCAGUCAGCUACCGCACGAUGGAGGAGCUUUUUACACAACCGAUACGAUGGAAUCUGCUCGACCUCAUUAUGCAGAAUCGUGGGCACCAAUCUUGCACGCUGCGACACUUUGGCUUAACGCGAAAGGGUUUGGUCUAGAAGAAACUAAAAAUGAAAUGAAAACAUCGAAUGUAAUGAAUAAUAACAAUAAUAAUAAUAAUAAUAACAAUAACGACGAUGUCUCUACCAAGACUAAUGCGAACGUUGAACGUUUUCAUCUACUAUUCGGUAUUUGUAUGGAAGCUUUGUGCAGUCCCCGUGCUUCAGAAUCUAUGCAAAACAUAGAAACGUGUUUGCAUGCUUUGUAUACUUUAUUAGAUUCAACCUGGGCUCGCAAAGUUCUGAUCGCAGAUCGUUCAUUACCGAUUGAAUUAUGCAACGUUCUUCACAGGAUGCUUUUAACGAGAGAAAGUUUUAUGAUCCAAAUGAUAGUAAUGGAAGUUUUGAAACAAGUAAUGAAGGCAGCGCAGGAAGAUUUGACGGAUAGAAAAAAGACUAAACUAAAAGAAAUGGCACCAGCGCACGAAGAAAACAAUGAAAUUCAAGACGUAGAUCUGUUAGGAGAAGGCGAGGAGAAUGGUGAACUGACACCAGGAAAAUCUUUAGUGUUUGCUAUUUUAGAAGUGUGCUUGUGCCUUUUGGUAAGGCAAAUACCGGCAUUGAACCCUAAUCCCGGUGGAACAACAGCAAUUUUAUCCCAGAAAGGGUAUAUGCCGUCUGAAGAAAGCGGGAAACUCAUAACUGCUACGCUAAAUAUAAUGGAAUCUCUCCCUAACAUUUGUUCUCCUCACGGAGCUCUAGCAAUAUUGCCGACAUUAUUAUAUCUAGCAACUGGAGUAAUUCGAGAAACUGCAGUGCGUAUCGACAUCGAAUGCAAUAAGCCACCAUCAGAUGCACCGGUGCAUGCCGCUUUGCAUUGUAUAAAAAGUUUAAUUACAAAUAAAUAUGCAAAAGAUCAUAGAAGUCAGGAGCAAUGGACAAGUUUUUUACAGAGCGCUCUUGCUAAAAUCAUCGAUCUUGCUAAAACAGGGACUGAUGAGACUAAAAUGGACGAAGUAGCGAUGAUGUUAGGUAUUGCGGUAUUUGUUCUUCAUGCAUCGUCCGAUGUUGUGAGUGCACCGAAUUUACAAUUUCCAUGUAUAAAUCACUAUAGGCAGGCUUUCCAAUCAGAAAAUAUAACAGUAAAAUUAAAAUGCGUUCAAACACUGAGGACGAUAUUUUUGCAUCCGGAACGUGCAAUAAGUAUACCGUACAUUCAUGCGUUAGCACCGAGACUAGUAGAAUAUCUGUAUAGCGACAAGAGCAAACAGAUUUCAACUGAUUCAGAAUUGUCUUUCACAUUAGAGUGCGUUAGUACCGUUGAGACUCUUAUUGGACUCGCUGAUAUCUCACAUCGAAUACAAAUGUUAACUUUACUUGUGCCAAUCCUAAUUAAUUAUUUAUUGGAGGGAGAUGAACUACAACAUGCUUCUAAGUAUCAAUUAAGUCUUCAUCAGCAGAGUUUCCAAUGGCUUAAUAAAAUAGGACCAAAAUAUCCUCAGGAAUUUAAGACACUAAUGUCACAGUCUACUGAACUGAAGACUAAAUUAGAAAACGCUGUACGCAGCUCUCAUCAACAAGCACAAAGGCAUGCUCGGGCAGUCGAUCUUGUGAAACCGCAGAUAAAAAUCUCGACACCAUCUAUUAAGCUCAAAACGGACUUUUCCAAUUUUAAUUAA